AUGGCUUAUAAGUACUAUCCCAUCCAAGGCGUUCAGGAAGGCUUAGGUCCGGGCAGCCAGGUGCCCAUUAGAAGAGAUUUUAACGAAUGGAGUGAGAGUCAAGAACGCAGAGAUCAAAUACAGGUUGUUCUAUUUAUCCUCGCCCUCAGGGAGUUCCAAGCUACUCCCCCAGACUCGAGAGAUUCAUAUUUCCAAAUUGCAGGUAUUCAUGGCAUGCCAUACAAAUCCUGGGAUGAACACGGCCUUACUGUUCAGGAGACUCACAGAAAGGGUUAUUGCGUGCAUGCGAAUAGCCUAUUUCCUAUAUGGCAUCGGCCGUAUCUGUCACUCUACGAGCAACGUAUAUACGAAAUAAUGGUCGAUGUUAUCAUCCCAGGCUUGAGACUUCGUGAGAGAGCAGAGGAUGAAUGGCAAGAAGCCGCCUUUCACUGGAGGCUCCCAUUCUGGGACUGGGCGAAAAAUCCACAGAUACCGAAACUUAUGUGUUUUAAAAGGAUUCAGCUCAGGUUUCCCGCAAUGACCGUAGAUAAUCCGUUCUACAAAUUCAAAAUGCCAAAGGGAGAGAAAAUGAGGGUCUACGGCGUAGGAACUCUCAAAUCCCCCGACUUUGAGGAUACGCUAGAGUACGGGGAGUGUUGCGCAACCAGCCGCUGUCCGACGCCAUCAGAACGUGUGAGUACCAGUAAUGCAUGGAGAGAUGGCGUUGUCAACAAUGAAACAGCAAACAAAUUCAUCUUCGAUCGUAAAUCAAUCACAGAUUUCGAUUACGGCAAGACUACGGAGAUGGUGUACAGACUUCUCACCUACCAGCUAGAUUUCGUGAGCUUCGCAACCACAGCGAGAGAUGCUACCAUGGAUUCUUCAAGCGCAUCAAAAGUCAUCAACGACAUGAAUAUAGAAUUCAUCCACAACAACAUUCACUACUGGGUUGGCGGAGACGGAGGCCAUAUGUCUCAGAUACCGGUUGCGACUUUCGAUCCCAUAUUUUGGUUCCAUCAUUGUUUUCUCGAUCGCCUGUUCGCAAUCUGGCAAACUCUGAAUCCAGAAAAGUGGUUUACGGCAGACAAAACGAGACCAUUUGAUCAAAAGAUAAUAGGAAUGGGCAAUAUCGUCACCUCCAAGGCACCACUCAGGCCCUUUCACAUGGAUGAACAAGGGACUGUCUGGACACCAGAUGGUGUUCGUGAUUGGUUCAAGUUAGGAUAUACAUACCCAGAACUACAGCGCUGGGAAUAUGGCGGUGACUACAAAGAUGAACUGUUUCGAGACAUGAACGAUAUGUAUGGUGUUCUAAGGAAAGAAGCCAUAGAAAUAGCUAAACCUGACAGCGAACUACCAGGUGUGGUAGAUGUUGAGGAUAACGGCGUGUCAUUGAAUGACUACGCUGUGAGCAUCAGAUACUCAAAGUUUGCGAUGGGCGGCAAUCCGUUCAAUCUCGAGGUUUAUCUGCGGCCAGAAAAUGAGACAGAAAAUACAUUUCGGCAAGAAGAUUUUGUCACCAGUGUUUACAACUUCAGUCAGCCAGCGGAGCAAAAUGGCGACACAGUUUGCUCCAACUGCAGCGAUCUGGAGGAGCAAGACGUACAGGUCAUCGCUUAUAUUCCUAUCACGCCAUACCUGAUCAAAAAAAUUGAACAGCAACUGUUGCAGAAUCUUGAACCGGCCAAUAUUGAACGCUUUCUCUCAGGGAUGUAUUAUAGGAUCACUAUGGCUGGGAAUACUGUUCCUGAAGAGAGAUGGAAGCCGACUAUGAACCUCAAAAUUUCCGUUUCACGGACUAGAAUGAGGUACUCCAAUGAUCCCAGUGUUAUAACGAGAUUUGAUGAUCCCGAGACGAUUCCGUCGCUUGGAAUUGAUACAGAGAUCGCCAGUGUUCCAGCCACUAUAUCUGGUGGGAUUACAAACCACGUUUCUUUCGACAAUAUUACUCAGCUUGAGGAAGCCGUUCCCGUCGGCGGAUCCCUCGUUAUAUCGUCAUCACACCUGAACCCUGAUAUUCCAAGCAGAGAAAACCUCACGGGAAUUUCACUUGCGAACGUGGACCCUAGAUCCAGCAAUGCCAAUAACCAUGAAUCGUAUGAUAUUCCAGUCUGCAUAAUAAUCAACAGCCGACGUAACCUUCUUUCGUACACCAGCAAGCACGCUGGCCGCGGUUUUAGCGCACUUACGGAUCUUCAGCUCCCACAGUCGCAAUGGUUCCAAAAAGACAACCCGUGCAUCAGGGUGGAUGUUGGGGCUGAUGAUUUUGUAGUUUAUGUUGAUGGAAGGAAAAUUCAGACUGUGGAACGAACUAUCAAAAGCGGUAACAUCACUCAUGUCAGAUACUGGACUUCGAACAACAAAGCCCCGGCGUUAGCAAAUGACAUUACAGUGACGACAUACAAGCAAGCCAGCAUGAUCCAGUGA